GGCUUUUAAUUCUAGUAUUUCUUUUGUUGAAGGAAUGUUUGCCCAUGUUUCUUAAAUCCCAAGGAAAACUCUUCUGAACUACAAGAAAUUAAGAGAGUUAACAGAGACUUUCAGGCUGAAGCCCUACAGCUGAUCAACAGUGGUCGGUACGAGGAGCGUGAGGACUUUGCAGUUGUCAUGCAGCCAUUUUUCCGAAACUCCUUGUUGCCCCUGGAUAGUAACGGCAAGCCAGAUCUGGAUUUCUUUGCUGCAGACUGCUUUCAUUUCAGUGCAAGAGGCCAUGCUGAGAUGGCUAUGGCUCUCUGGAAUAAUAUGCUGGAGCCAGUUGGUGAAAAGCAGACUUACAACAACUUUACCCAUGACAGAUCAAAACUCAAGUGUCCAAACCCAGAGAAACCCUUUCUUUCCACACUGAGAAAUAGUGGAUUCAGAAAUUCAGACCUCAACUUGGAGAAAACCAAACUUUCAGUCCCCUACUGGGCUGUCAUUAUCGCCGCAGUAGCUGGAGUCCUGGCGGGUUCUUUACUCAUCUGGCUUGUGUCAAGAAGAAGAGCUGAGAGGCACGAAUGUGAGACUGACACAGAAAAGAACAUUCAGAUGACAUCUCUGUAA